CCCGCGGGCCGUGAGGGCGACAUUGGUGGCGUCGUCCUCUGCCCCCUUCCCCGGGGGCGAGAUGUCGGGGCUCAGCCACUUAGAGUCGGAAGGCUGCCGGAAUCUACUCCGCAUGCUGGACAAUGACGAGAUCAUGGCCCUUUGCGACACCGUCACCAACCGCCUGGUGCAGCCUGUGGACCGCCAAGAUGCUAUUCGUGCAAUAUUAGUGUACAGCCAAAAUGUAGAAGAACUUCUGAGGCGCAAAAAAGUCCACCGAGAAGUCAUAUUUAAGUAUUUGGCAACACAAGGGGUGGUUGUACCUCCAACUACCGAAAAACAUGGUCUUAUUCAGUAUGCAAAAAGUUACUGGGAAGAACAGUCUCCAAAACUGAAGGAGACGGCAGAGCCAGUUAAAAAGACGGAGGACAGCCAGCUCUUUGAGCAGCAGGCAAAGGAAGAUAAAGAAGCUGAAAAGGUUGAUUUUCGUCGCUUAGGAGAAGAAUUUUGUCACUGGUUCUUUGAACUUCUUAAUUCUCAGAAUCCUUUUUUGGGACCACCUCAGGAUGAAUGGGGCCCACAGCACUUCUGGCAUGAUGUGAAGCUUAGGUUUUAUUAUAACACCUCAGAACAAAACAUGACAGACUACGAAGGAGCAGAAAUGGUGAGCCUUCGUUUACUGUCAUUGGUGAAAGAGGAAUUUCUUUUUCUCAGUCCCAACCUUGAUUCUCAAGGACUAAAAUGUGCGUCUUCUCCUCAUGGACUAGUUAUGGUUGGAGUUGCAGGGACUGUCCACCGCGGAAAUUCUUGUUUGGGCAUAUUUGAACAAAUUUUUGGACUUAUCCGUAGCCCUUUUGUAGAAAAUACUUGGAAAAUCAAAUUUAUUAACCUGAGAAUCGUUGGAGGAAGUUCCCUUGCUCCUGGAUCAUCGCUGACACCAUCUGUAACAUUUGAACAGAGUGAUUUCGAGGCCUUUUAUAAUGUAAUCACUUUGUGUAAUACCCCUGAGGUAAGACCUAAUGUAAGGCAGAUAUUGGAUAGUGGAACUGGAGACCAGGUUUUAUGUAGUGGAGAUGAGGCCUUGUUGAACAAAAAGGAAAUGAAUUUGCCUACCCCUCUAAAGCAUUGAACACUGUACCACAGCCUGAAGAAGCUGCAGAAACACAACACUGACCAUCUCUAAGCCACUGCAGGUCUGAGAAUUGACAUAUUUUAGCUCAAAUAACUUUUUGGACUACAGACUAAUGUGAAUACUUGCCUAUUUCUACCUGAGUUACAGCAAAUGUUCUGUGAACUUAUUGCAGUCCACCAAAUAAAUCCCACUUUAGAUGUUGUAAAAAAAAAAAAAAGAAA